AUUUAUUUAUUUUUUUUUUUUCUACUGAAAACAAUUGAAUUUACCACGAUGAGGGUUGUGGCUUUAAUAAGUGGUGGAAAAGAUUCUAUUUUCAGUAUAAUGCAAUGCAUUGCUGCUGGUCAUGAAGUUGUGGCUUUAGCAAAUUUAUAUCCCGUUGGGAAAGAUGAGCUGGACUCAUUUAUGUAUCAAACAGUAGGGCAUCAGGGUAUAGAAUAUAUUGGAAAAGCCAUCGGGUUACGUCUAUAUCGAGAACCUACUUUUGGCAAAUCUUGUAUGACAGAAAAAUACUAUUCUCCUACUAAAGACGACGAAGUGGAGGACCUUUACCGAUUACUCACAAAAGUCAUGGAAAAAGAAAAUAUUGAUGCUGUUGCUUCAGGUGCUAUUCUUAGUGACUAUCAAAGAAUUCGAGUAGAGAAUGUAUGUAGUAGGUUAGGGCUUAUAUCACUUGCAUAUUUGUGGCGCCGAAAUCAAGAUGAAUUACUGAAAGAAAUGAUUGAAUGUUCAUUAAAUGCUGUAUUGAUAAAAGUAGCAUGCCAAGGUCUUGAGCCUAAACACCUGGGUAAAUCAAUAUCAGAAAUGCAACAUAAUUUAACUAUACUGAAUGACAUGUACGGGGUGAACGUGUGCGGAGAAGGAGGAGAAUAUGAAACAUUUACAUUAGACUGCCCGCUCUUCAGUAAAAGCAUUGUAAUAGACGAGUACGAGAGUGUUGUUCAAUCAAAUGAAAAAAUAGCUCCCGUUGGAUAUUUAAAUUUCAAGAAAAUUAAAUUACAAGACAAAGAAGGUGACUUAGAUAAUCUAACACUUCAAGAGAGACUUAAAAACAUUCCGAUUAAAACCCCUUACGACUACAUUGCCGAAAUCGUCGGACCAGAAUUACAAGAUGGUUGUAAUCUCUCAGAUAGUGAUCAUGAAGAUAAAGAAUGCGACAAUAAAAGCAUAAAAUCAUCAAAUUCUGGGCCGUUAAAUCCACCAAGUCCAACUGAGAUAAAAUAUGAUAAUGAUGAUUAUCCUGAUAUUCCGAUUUCUAACAGAAAUCAGAACGGAUGGUAUUGGUUUGGCGGAAUUACCAGUAAAAAUGAUGAUUCUCAGCAAGCAAUGGAGGAGGCUUUAGAUAAAUUAAGCAACCUAGUAAUGAAAGAAGAAAUAGAAAUGACAAAUAUUGUCGCAGUAACACUUUAUGUUCGGGAUAUGUCAAAAUAUCCGUUAAUAAACCAAGUUUAUGCCGCAAGAUUAGGCCAAGUUAAUCCACCAGCUCGUGUUUGUAUUGAGUGUCCUUUGAAUGUUCACGUAGUUCUCGAUGCAUUGGCCUAUAAAGAAGUUGAAAAAAGUAGUGAAGAAACAGUACUGAAGAGACACACUAUGCAUGUACAAAGUAUCAGUCACUGGUCUCCUGCAAAUAUUGGACCUUACUCGCAAGCUAUACGAGUAGGACAUAUAAUCGCAGUAGCGGGACAGAUUCCGCUGGUACCUGGUAAUUUAUCAAUACCUGAUUUAAAUAUCAAACGUCAAUGUCGUCUUUCCCUGAGACACAUAAAUAGAAUAGUCAAUGCAAUGGAUUCGUCAACUCAAUUAAGAGAUAUCGUUCAAGGUAUCUGUUUUUUAACUCACCCAAGUUAUAUAGCUGAAGCACGAAAAGAAUGGGAAAAACGUACAAAUAAUGCUAUUGUUGAUUAUAUUGUUGUACCUAAUCUUCCACGUAACGCUCAUGUUGAAUGGUGCGUCUGGGCUCAUAGACAUAACAAUAGAUUUGAAUAUGAAGAAACUGGUAGAUGUGUUGGUAAUUUCAAAGUUGCAAUACGACGAAGAUGGAAUUACGAGAACGACGUUUCGGCAAUAGUUUGUUAUUUAUCGACGAGGUCGUCCAAUUCUACUGGAAACUUGGCAACGGAAACUUCUCUCAAUUCGCCUGAAUUAACUGACGCCGAAUUAAAUGAAGCUUUUGAAUAUUUAUUAGCGAAGCUGACGAAAGAAUCGCGGAAUGAAAAUCCAACGUGUAGUUUGAGAAUUUUUUAUAAAAUUGGUAGCUCACCGGUACCUUCUACAAUACAAAGGGUUCUUAGUAAUUUUUCAAGUAGAAAUCUAGUCACGACUAUGAUACCAACUAUUCACUUACAUAAUUUUAGUACUUUUUUGUCUGUUUGUGGUAUUAGACACGAAUAA